UGUCGCCGAAGUGUUGGCAGCACUGCGUCAGGGCAACAGGAAAAAUUUUAUUACUUUUGUAUACGUGGUUUUUGGAGGUAUAUUUUAUCAAUUUCCUCUUUGAAUUUUAUUACUUUGUGGCCAGCCAUGAGAUCAGCAACAUGUACCGCACCUGUUAAUAUCGCUGUCAUCAAAUACUGGGGCAAGCGCGAUGAGGAGCUUCUUCUGCCCAUCAAUGACUCCAUCAGUGUGACCUUGAGUGAGAUGUACGCCAAGACAACAAUAGUAGCGUCACCGGAAUUCGAUAAAAAUAGAAUAUGGCUGAAUGGAGAGGAGCAGACCUUUGAUUCUCCUCGAAUUCUCAAUGUUCUCCGACAGUUCAGAGAGGAGGUGAAAAAAGCUCGACUAACGGGUGAUAUCUAUUCGUGGAAUUUGCAUGUUUGUUCAGAAAAUAACUUUCCAACAGCUGCUGGGCUUGCGUCCAGUGCAGCUGGUUAUGCAUGCCUCGUGUACACUCUGGCCACUCUCUAUGGCCUCCAGGACAGACUGGAACUGUCCUCAAUUGCAAGGCUGGGCAGUGGAUCGGCCUGUCGGAGUGUCUAUGGGGGUUUUGUUCAAUGGAACGCUGGAACUAAGCCAGAUGGAUCGGAUUCCAUUGCUGUCCAACUGGCUCCGAGUACCCACUGGCCCGAUCUCGAGAUCCUCAUUCUCGUGGUCAGUGACAAUCGGAAGAAAACCAGCUCCACGGGAGGCAUGGAGAGAUCUGUAAAAACUUCCCCUCUCAUUGCCUAUCGCGCCAGCAAAUGCGUCCCAGAAAGGAUCCAGGGAAUCACAAAAGCCAUCCAGGAUCGUGAUUUCGAAACAUUCGCCGACAUCACCAUGAAGGACAGCAAUCAAUUCCAUGCAGUCUGCCUGGAUACCUAUCCUCCCUGUGUCUACCUAAACGACGUUUCCCAUGCGAUCAUCGACCUCGUCCAUCGCUUCAAUGCAGCUUCCGGAAGGACUAAAGUCGCCUACACUUUCGAUGCCGGCCCCAAUGCCUGUCUCUAUCUCCUCCGCCAGGACGUCCCUCAAGUCCUAAACCUGGUCAAAACCGCUUUCCCUAACGACAAAUCCUCCUCUUCCGACUACCUGAAAGGAAUUCCAAUCACCGAAGAACCCCUCCCUGAAUCCCUAUCCUCCGCAAUGAACCUCGAACCCAUCGGGCACAAUCUCCUCAAGUACAUCAUUCACACUCGCGUAGGAGAAGGACCCCAAAUCCUCCCAGAAACCAAUUCUCUUCUCACGACUUCCGGCCUUCCAAAGUCCAAUUAACAUUUCUCCUGCAUUCACUUCAAAAAAACGGUUUCCUGCAUUUAUUUAUCUUCAAAAACAAACGAACAAAAAAAAAGAAACAAUUUAUAGCAUUUAUAAGCAAUUUAUUCCUCUAACACAAAAGCCCAGUGGCAUUAAAUCCUCUCAAGAAGCCUUCGGACUGGAUUAAGAUGAUGAUUCCGGUGUCGAAGAUUCUGGAAAAAUGUUUAAAACAAAAUUUUCAGUUGAACGAAUUUUUCGAAUGAUGCGCUUCUCGAGAUUUUUUGUUGAAAGCAAAAAAACUGAGGAAGCCAUGCAUGUAAAAAGUUAAUUAUUUUGCGUGCGUCAACUGCAAAGUUAGACACACUUUUGGGCUGUUAAAUUUAAUGAUUUAAGCAAGAUUGUUAAAAUGGUUAAUAUUGUAUGAUUUGGAGCAAAUAAUAAAAUGGUUUUUGUUAGAGAAAUUCAA